CUUUCAAACUGCUGCCUCAGGAUCGUCGUUGCGUCGUCGUCGUCACCCGUCGUUGCCUAUGCCCGCCUCGCUAUAAAUACUCCCCAUCGCCCACCACUCGCCCAACCUUCGACUCCCGGAGCCCCCACGACCUUAUCGCCAUCCGUUCAUCCGCGAGCAUGUUCAGCUCAGGCAGGAACCGAACCCAGGCCGAGAGCUUCUCCAAGCACCGCGCCGGCAAGUCGACGAGCAAGAAGAACCGCUCCUUCAGGGACUCCAUGUCGACCAAGAAGGUCGAGAAAAUGGCGCAGCAGGCCUCGCCAGCAUCAGCGCAAACAAGUCCGACCGUGGGAGGCGCCAUCAUCACUCUUUGCAUCGGUCGCGAACAGCGACUCUUCGCUGCCCACGAGGACGUCCUCUGCCACUCGCCCUUCUUCCAGUCGCUCUGCCGCGAUCAGUUCUUCCAGUCUACGUCCAAGCGGAUCGAUCUGCCUGACGAAGAGCCCGAGAUUUUCUCAUCACUCCUGGAAUAUCUAUACAAAGGCGACUACUACCCUCGCUUGGAGUUUGACAAGCGGAGAAAUAGCUGGAACUUGGAAGAUGCGGCGAACGGUCGUGGGACGGCUGAGUCGACUGUGUAUCACGCUUCUGUGAACGGUCCGAUUCUGAAGGAUACUGUUAUCUAUUGUGCUGCUGAGAAAUAUGGCCUUGAAGAGCUCAAGCGCCUUGCUCUUCGUAAGCAAGGUCUUCAAUCCGGGAUACAGUGCAGCACGAUCUUAACAUCUGCUCGCUAUGCAUAUGCCAACACGCCCGAAAACGAUGCGAAGCUACGAUCACACUACCUCGCUCUGAUCAUUCGUAGUCGCUCCACUUUCAAGCGUAGCGGCACUAUGCAGAACGAAAUGGAGAAUGGCGGGAAACUGUUUUUCGACUUGUUCGUUGCAAUGGUCAAUCACAUGGAUGACCUCGCUGCAAAGUCGCCAAAAUAGUCAUCACCAUAUCGCCGUCGCCCCCCGCUUCAACGUCGACGUCGACGC